AUGCCCAAAAGCACAACGGAAGACUUUACGACAUCAAGCGAUAAACGCCCUCGCAGCACCAGUAGAACAACGAAUGCUCCUCUCCAUUUUACCUUCCACAAACCAGGGUGCCAUAUAGAGAGCUGUUGCGGUGUCUGUAACCUAUUCCCUGGGGUGCUGCUCAUAGCGUUCUGUCAAGUUCUGGCUGGAUCUAUUCUUCUGACCCUGAUCCUAACCCAUGGAAAGCAGUAUGAUGAAAUGCAUCAGACUCCAACAUCACAGUUUAUGAGCAUGGCUUCUGGUGCGGUACUUAGCGGAGUGACAGGGGCAGGACUCCUAUUGAUUAUAGUCGCACUCACAGAGAACUGCAGAGCUAUGUUGGUGUACCUCCUCGUCGCAUCGUUGGUUUGGAUGGGCAUCGUAUCCUUAGCUGUCACUAAGAUAAGUACAGCUUGCGUGCGGUUCCAGGAUGCUCCGAAGAUAAAAGACGAGCAGCAUCGAUUGGCCAAUUUGGCAUGCGUUAGCGGACUCUGCACUUUUAUUGGAGCCCUUUUAUACUUCUUCUCCUUCGUGGUGGUGUUCAGUUUCUACCACUUCCGGUACGUAAGGCGCGCCAUUUUGAUGCACGAAGCUGAAUGCGAAUAAAUUUUGUACUAACUGUUACUAAUAUUCAAGCUUGGGUCGUAUUUAGAAUUGGUUUUGGAUAUUGUUUGGUACUAACGAUGGU